GAAAAGAACAUGGAUCCCUUCUACCAGACAAGCCCCAUUUAUGUGAAGGUGAAUACCCUGCAAGGGAAGAAAAUGGUGGAGAGCGGUCUGCAGUCGGGAGACUUUUCCCUGCCCGAGUCCCUGUCCCCAUGUCUCCCCUCACAACCGGAUAUGGAGAACCUGCUGCAAAAAGUGACUGGGGUCCAGAGGGACCUGGAGGAUUUCAAACAGGAGACCCUGCAGGCCAUCCACCGACUGGAAGAUGCCUACUGUGAGAUGAGCAGGGUUCUGGCCGAGCAGGAAGAGCAGGCAGUGAGGGUGAAACAGCGACUGCGGGAGGAGGAGGACCGGGGCAUCGUGCGCAAUAAGGUCCUCACCUUCCUGCUCCCUAGGGAGAAGCAGCUGCGGGAGCACUGCAGAUGGCUAGAGCAUAUGUUGUUGAAGGGCGGAUGCUAUGAGGGACAGAGAGCUGCAAAGAAGAUCUCAGGGAACUGA